AUGGCCGAGACUGUUGCUGAUCUUAUUGCAACUCACGAACCAAAGGGGUUCGUUCCAUUGCCUACACUUGCCGAAGCAACCAAAGAAGCCAAGCCUCGACUCACCAUCGUCGAUCGUCUUCAUACGUUGGCAGUGGCCUGCGUAGAUCCUCGAUGCAGCGUCGAUAAGUUCAUCGACCUGAACCUUAGGGUACCAAACGGUGAAAUGGUCAUGGUCUCCCGCAACGCUGGCGGCCACAUUCGCCACGCGGUCCGGGAUAUCCUCCUCCUGGACGCGAGAUUUGGGAUUGAUGAGCUCGUUAUCGUUCAUCAUACAGAUUGCGGAACGCUGACGUUUACCGACGACUGGAUGCGCGACACUCUAAAAUUGAGAUUAGGCAAGGAUCAUUCGGAGGAGAUUGACCAGAUUUACUGGGGCGGAAACACGGAGUAA